AUGUGUAAACGUUAUAUUGAUUACUUUAUUUUGUGGUGCCUAAUUGAAGAGGAAAAGUGUUCAUCUGUGAUCUAUUAAAUGCUCUUAAUCUAUGAGCCUGAGAUCGAUUGCUCUGGUCUCCACCCAAGUUCGCGGGGAUAUCGCGGUCUUUUCCUUAUUGCAGUAAAAGUUCUCAGUGAGGAAACAAUACCGUAUCACUCUCAUGAUUAUUUCUCCCCUUUUUCAGGCUGACUCGGAUUAAGUCUGAGGCCGGUAACAUCAACAGUGAGGACAAACCCAGCCUUCCACUCUCCUUCCACACUGAGUAGAAACCUUCAGUCACUGGGUCCUGAUUGUGACAGUGGAGCCCAGUUUGCACUGCAGGAUCCAGAGAUGGCAUCAGUGAAGCUGGAAGACUGCAGUCAAACACUGGAGCUGAAUGUCAACAUUAAAGAUGAAGAAGAGGAGGAGAAGAUUAGGACAACUGUUAAUCAUGGACACCAUGUUGAGACAUUCUCUACAUCCAGAGAGCAACAGCAGGAAGAUCACAGAGCGAAGAGGUCUCAUCACUGCCCACAUUGUGAAGAGAUUUUCCCAUUUCUAUCAAAGCUAAAAGUACAUCUAAAAAUACACACAGGAGAGAAGCCUUUCUUUUGCCCUGACUGUGGAACUAGUUUCUCUCAACUUUUCAACUUAAAAAGACAUGAACGUAUACAUACAGGGGAGAAGCCAUACCCCUGCUCUGACUGUGGAAAAUGUUUUAAAACAUCAACUGAGCUAAAAGUUCAUCAGAGAACACACACAGGAGAGAAGCCUUACGUCUGCUCUGACUGUGGACAUUUUUUUAAAACAUCAACUGAGCUAAAAGUUCACCAGAGAACACACACAGGAGAGAAGCCUUUCUUCUGCCCUGAGUGUGGAACUAGUUUCUCUCAUCUUUACAACUUAAAAUCACAUGAACGUAUACAUACAGGAGAGAAGCCUUACUCCUGCUCUGACUGUGUAAAAUAUUUCAAAACAUCAAAUCAGCUAAAAGUUCAUCAGAGAACACAUACAGGAGAGAAGCCUUACGUCUGCUCUGACUGUGGAACUAGUUUCUUUCAACUUUCCCACUUAAAAUCACAUGAACGAAUACAUACAGGGGAGAAGCCAUACUCCUGCUCUGACUGUGGAAAAUGUUUUAAAACAUUAAAUGAGCUAAAAGUUCAUCAGAGAACACAUGAAUGAGAGAAGCCUGCUUACAUCUGCUCUGACUUUUGUGUGAGUUUCUCUCACGAUAGCAACUGUCGGGUCGCGUCAAUUCAAUCUGGUAUGGGAAUAAAACAGUUAACACAGAGUAACUUCUGAUUUCUUUGUACUUUAAUUAAUGCAAACACAUUUAUGGUAAAUAUGAUGUUCGUAUAUACGGGCUCGCUGUGUCACCACACAGGGCAGACAAAGAACUGAGUUACACAUCCUUUGCUUUUCAUUAAAUACUCUGACAGAGAUAGUUCCCACUCACUGCUGGCCUGUCAGAGGGAGGAUGAGCGUGGUUUAAACUUACUCAUCCUAUCGUUGGCGUGCAGGUUGGUCCCAACCUCGAGACGCCUCCUGUUGCCGGGCGUAGUUAUUAUCUUUGGCAGUCGAUUUAUCUUGUGACUGCACAAUGCACAGUUCUCUAAAACCCCGACACCCUUCCGCAUAUACAUUUCACCCAUAUCCUGCCCUUAUAUUUUAACAAGCUUUUCCACAUCCCUGAUUCACAGCAUCUGCAUUCUUUCCAUAUGACUCACCAUCACAUGAGCCCCUUCCUCUCACACAGCAGUAUGCUCUUAUCAUAUAGAGUAUAAACUUAAUAUUAUAGCAUAGCUUCUUUGUUAUAUUAUAUAGGUUAUGCAAACAAAUAGUUGGUCAAACCCUAACACAACUUAACCUCUCUCGGGCAGGUGGGACGCUAUCGUCCCACCCACGGGACACACGAUUCAACAGCCAGUGAAAAAUCAGAGCGCCAAAUUCAAAAACCACAAAUGUCAUAAUUCAAAGUUCUCAAACAUACGACUAUUUUACACCAUUUUAAAGGUAUACUUCUCCUUAAUGUAACCACAUUGUCCGAUUUCAAAAAGGCUUUACGGCGAAAGCAUAAAGUUAGAUUAUGUUGACAGGUACAACACAAGAAAAACCACACAGCCAUUUUCCUAGCAAGGACAGGCGUCACAAAAACCAGAAAAACAGCUAAAAUUAUGCACUAAGCUUUGACGAUCUUCAUCAGAUGACACUCCUAGGACAUCAUGUUACACAAUACAUGCAUUUUUUUUGUUCAAUCAAGUUGAUAUUUAUGUCCAAAAACUGAAUUUUACAUUGACUGUGCUCAGAAAAAGACAUCAAGCAAUACAGAUACCCGCCAUUUUGGAGUCAUCUAAAAUCAUAAAUAGCAUUAGAAAUAUUCACUUACCUUUGAUGAUCUUCAUCUGAAGGCACUUCCAGGAAUCCCAGGUCCACAAUAAAUGUUGUUUUGUUCGAUAAAGUCCAUAAUUUAUGUCCAAAUACCUCCUUGUUGUUUGCGCGUUCAGUUAGCUACUCCAAAAAAAGUUAUAUUUAUGUUCGUUCAAACAUGUCAAACGUUGUAUAGCAUCAAUCUUUAGGGCCUUUUUAACUUAGAACUUCAAUAAUAUUCCAACGCUUUGCAACACAGCUACCCCUCACGUGAGUGCUCGCCAAUGAACUCAUGUGCUUUCCUGAGUCAACAACUUCCAACUUCCAUUGUUGGCUCUCUGUUCACCAUAGACGCCUCAAACAACUUUCUAAAGACUGUUGACAUCUAGUGGAAGCCUUAGGAAGUGCAAAAUGAACCCUAAGUCACUGUGUGUUGGAUAGGCAAUCACUUGAAAAAAACUACAGCCUCAGAUCCUCCACUUCCUGUCUGGAUUUUCUCUCAGGAUUUUGCCUGCCAUAUGAGUUCUGUUAUACUCACAGACAUCAUUCAAACAGUUUUAGAAACUUCAGAGUGUUUUCUAUCGAAAUCUACUAAUAAUAUGCAUAUUCUAGUUCCUGGGCCCGAGUAGUAGGCCAUUUAAUUUGGGUACGUUUUUCAUCCGGCCGUGAAAAUACUGCCCCCUACCCUGGAGAAGUUAACACACCAGUGUAUAUACAACGGGGAGAAUCCUUACUCCUGCUCUGUGGAGGGGUGGGCAUGUAAGUCAAACGUCUAGCUAAAGGCUGCGUGUUUGAAUCUCAUCAAGGAUGACUUUAGCAUUUUAGCUAAUUAACAACUUUGCAACUACUGACUACUUUGUAGCUAUUACUUAGCAUUUUAGCUUAGCAUGCAACUACUUAGCAUGUUAGCUAACCUUUCCCCUAAACCCAUUUAACUCUACCUUAAACCCCUCACCCCUAACCUAGCUAACGUUAGCAACAACACAUUGGAAUUCGUAACAUAUCAUACAUAUUACAAGUUCGCAACAUAUUGUAUGAAUAGCAAUGUGUAAAAUAACAUACAAAUUGUAGUUCAUAACAUACGAUACGUCCUACAAGUUGUAUUAUACUGAACAACAAUCUAAACUAAACAACUUCAAAGAUUUACGGUUCGUAUAAGGAAAGCAGUCAAUUGAAAUAGGGGGGCUCAGCCAAUGGUGGGACUUCGGAGGGCAUAGGCCCACUUGGGAGCCAGGCCCAGCCAAUCAGCAUGAGUUACUGAAGGUCUUUAUUACAGACAGAAAUACUACUCCCCCCCCCCCAAGACAAUCCUGCAGGUAAAGAGGACCUGGGCUGCCGUGGUUACAUGUGGUCUUUAGUUAUGAGGCCGGUUGGAUGUAAUGCCAAAUUCUCUAAAAGGACGUUAGAGGUGCCUUAUGGUAGAGAUAUAAAUAUUGAGUUCUCUGGCAACAGCUAUGGUGGACAUUCCUGCGGUCAUCAUGACAAUUACACAUUCCCUAAACUUGAAACAUUGUGUUGUGUGGCCUUUUAUUGUCCCCAGCACAAGGUGCACCUGUGUAAUGAUCAUGCUGUUUUAUCAGCUUCUUGAUAUGCCACACCUGUCAGGUGGAAUGAUUAUCUUGACAAAGGCUGAAAUGCUCACUAACAGGGAUAUAAACAAAUUUGUCCACAACAUUUCUGGAAUGUAUUAUUUCAGCUCAUGAAACCAACACUUUACAUGUUUCAUUUAUAUUGGUAGGCCAACGUAACAUACUAAAUGGAGUGGCACGGAUGUUUUUGUAACAUAAAAUACAUUUUGCUCUGAGACCAGGUUGUCCCUCUGCAGUAUUCUGUGAGAAUGAGCUAGUAGAUACUUUUUUAUAUUUGUUAGUUAUUGAACCUUUAUUUAACUAGGGAAGUCAGUUAAGAACAAAUUCCUAUUUACAAUGAUGGUCAAGGAACAGUGCCUUGUUCAGAGGCUGAAUGACAGAUUUUUACCUUGUCAGCUCAGGGAUUCGAUCUAGCAACCUUUUGGUUACUGGCCCAAUGCUCUAACCACUAGGCUACCUUCCAUCCCUAACAUGUAUCAGAUAGAGAUGGUGUGAUGAUCACUUUUCACCAUUAGUUUGGGGGGAUUGUUUUACAACUUUAUUUAAUGAUACACAGCUUUAGAAAUUAAUACAUGUGUUUAUUAAUUGUCUUUAAACUAGAUUUGUUAUUUUAGUUAAUGAUCAUGAAUGUGUUUGGAUAACUGCAUUGAAGCAAACUUUAUUGAUCUGCCAAUGAAAAAUAAAGUUACAUGAAUAUGUACUGGUCAACCUC